CGUCUCUUUAACAUUACGUUGGGUCAUAUGGGUAAGAAUUAACAUGUACGUCACUUGUCAGUAACCCAUAUCGGAUUCAAUCCACGGUUUUGCAUUUUAAGAGAUAGAUAGUAUAGCAGUUGUGCCGUUUUAAAAAAAACAAAUUCUCUAAAUUAAAAUCAGUAAUAAAUACUCUAUAUCUCAUAUGAGCCCGUAUAUAUCGAUAGUCUAUGGUCUUAUCCCAGUUCAUGCACCGCCAUUGACAAGCAGGAAACAACUUCUAAUAUAAGGAAAAGGUCAUGGAGCAGCCGCACGCGCUUCUAGUCGCUAGCCCUGGCUUAGGCCAUCUCAUCCCUAUCCUCGAACUUGGAAACCGGCUCUCCUCUGUACUCAACUUCCGCGUUACAGUUCUCGCAGUAACCUCCGGUUCCUCCUCCCUGGCCGAAACCGAGGCAAUACGCGCAGUUGUUGCUAGAGGGACAUGUGAAGUUACAGAAUUACCCUCGGUUGAUAUAGACUACUUCGUUGAGCCAGAUGCGACGGUGUUCACUAAAAUUGUAGAAAAGAUGCGAGCCACAAAGCCCGUGGUUCAAGACGCCAUCAAAUUAAUGACACAAAAACCGACGGUCAUGAUCGUUGACUUUCUUGGUACAGGAAUGAUGUCCAUUGCCGAUGAUGUCGGCAUGGCUAAGUACGUGUACGUCGCUUCCCACGCGUGGUUCUUGGCAGUGUUGGUGUACUUGCCCGUAUUGGAUAAGGUUGUGGAAGGGGAAUACAUUGAUAUCAAAGAGCCUAUGAAAAUUCCAGGUUGUAGACCGGUUGGAGCGGAUGACCUUAUGGAAACAAUGCUAGACCGGUCCAACCGACACUACCGAGAGUGUGUACGGUGUGGCGAGGAGAUACCUAUGACUAUGAGCGAUGGUGUUUUGGUGAAUACUUGGGAGGAACUACAAGGAAAUACUCUAGCCGCGCUUAUGGAGGACGGAGAAUUGAGCCGGGUUAUGAAAGUACCGGUUUAUGCUAUCGGGCCAAUUGUUAGGCCUAAUGGGCCUACUAAAAAGCCUAAUAGUAUAUUCGAGUGGUUAGACAAACAACGGGAAAGGUCAGUAUUGUAUUUGUGUUUAGGCAGUGGUGGAACGCUGUCUUUAGAGCAAACGAUAGAACUUGCAUGUGGAUUAGAGUUAAGUGGUCAAAGGUUUAUGUGGGUUCUGCGUAAGCCUGCUUCUUACCUAGGUGAAAGCUCGAACGAUGAUGAUCUGGUAAGUGUCGGCCUACCGGAAGGUUUCUUGGAUCGCACACGUGGUAUGGGUCUUGUGGUCACCCAAUGGGCACCACAAGUUGAGAUCUUGAGCCAUGGAUCAAUCGGUGGGUUCUUGUCUCAUUGCGGCUGGAGCUCUGUGUUAGAGAGUUUAACUCAAGGAGUGCCAAUAGUGGCUUGGCCUCUUUACGCAGAGCAAUGGAUGAAUGCUGCAUUUCUGACUGAAGAGAUCGGUGUAGCCAUUCGUACGUCGGAGUUACCGUCAAAGAGAGUGAUCAGCCGAGAAGAAGUGGCGUCUUUGGUGAGAAAGGUUUUGGGCGAAGAGGAUGAAGAAGGACGGAAGGUAAGGGCUAAAGCUGAGGAAGUGAGGGUUAGCACCGAACGAGCUUGGACUCAAGGUGGGUCGUCUCAUAGUUCUCUCCUCGAAUGGGCAAAACGAUGUUGCCUUCUGUCAUUCACAAAUAAUACAGUGUCAAUUUAAAGGUGUUUUUCAAAUUAAAAUUACUUUUAAAUAAUAUGAAUCAUAUGAUGUUAUACGAAGUAUGCUUACCA